AUGCACAAAUUGACCAUAUCAAUUUCACACAUUGAUGAUCCCUAUGUGUUAUUGAUCAUAUUUUCUCACUUGGAUGUCAGCACACUUUUUAAAUCGUGUUCGCUUGUAUGCAAUUAUUGGAAUUCAACUUUCUUUUCAUCAACUUCAUCAUUUCAUCAUGCAUUAAUUAAAAUUUGUUAUUUAAAUUCGACAAGUGGAAGAUUAAACUUGAAUGAACAAUAUAGAGAAUUAUUCGGGUCCGACGAUUCAAUUUAUUCUCAAUUUGAUGAAAUUAAAUUGGAUUUUAUUCGUGAUGAUUCUAAAAAUGGAAAUUUAUUUCAUCAACUUUUAAAAAAGGAAUGUAAAAAGAAAAAUAAUAGAAAAAGAAAAUUAAUUACACUCAAUAAGGAAUGUGAGUUUAUUCCUUAUCAAAGAGAGGCAAUGGGAUCAAUUAAGCAAUUUUAUAUUUCCAAUAAGUUGAAUUUCAAAUUAGAUUCGAAUAAUUUUAUUAAUCAAACAUCUGUUCAAUUUGCUGUUUAUUAUCCUUUCAUGGUUUGUGUAGAUAAUACAAAGAAUGUAAUGACAUUAGUGUCGCUUGUGAGUGGAAUUGAAUUUUGUAAACAUGUUUUUGAAUCUAAAAUUGUAGUUGACCAAUUACAAUUUAAAUUUCAUUCACAAAUGCAACAAUAUUACAAAUCCAAAUUAAGAAUAGAUUCUACCAGUGAAUGCUAUAUUUAUUCACUCUAUUUACUUGGUAAAUUACCUAAUAAUGAUGGAAUUGUAAAGAAAUUUCUAUUCAUUGAUAACUUGAAAGAUGACAUACAGUGUUUUGAAGAUUGCACCUAUUUACAAGAUCCUUUACCACUAUGGCUCUCUCAUUAUAUAACAGCUUGUGAUUGGGAUUGCAACACUUUGGAUGUCUUGCUUUUCAAUACUAGAGAUUAUGUUUCAUUAUUACUUGAAGAUAAUUAUCGUAUUUCAUUUGUUUUUGAUGGAAAUGUCAAUAAUAACAACAUUCCAAAGAAUGGAAAUUAUCCAAUAAUUCCAAUUCAUUUCAAUAAUUGGAAAAUUGGUAGUAGAGUGAUUGCAGCAAACAUUACAAAUAUUACAAAACCAUUAAUGAAAGAAGGUCUAGCACUGAUUGAUUCUGAAAAGUAUUGCAACUUUUCAAUCUAUGAAUUGAAAUUGUGUUAUGAAAAUAUGGAUCCAGGUUUUGAGUGUAAAUUAUUUAUUGAUACUUUCUAUGUUUUAAUAGCAAAGAAGAAUGAGGAAUUUAUUACAAAUAAUAAUCCCUACUCGAUCAUGUGGAAAGUUUCUAAAAGAAUUGGAUAUGAUGGCAUGUUGGAAAUUGAUGUGAGAAGAAUUAGUAAUCCAUGUUCAACCUAUUUUGUAACAAUUGGUGAAUUACAAAAUAAGGUUACUUUUAUGGAUCAAGGAAGGAAGUUUAAACUCUCAACAAGUUUCUACUAUUACAAUUAUUUAAAUGGACUUAUUAAUUAUAUUGAUGAUUUGAGUGCAACAGAUUACUGGGAAUAUUUAAGCUUUACAAAUGUUUUCGAUUCGUGGAGAUACUCAGAUAUCGAUUGGUCAAUCAAGUAUUUUUUAGAAGAUACCCUUAAAGAUAAUAUUAAGGAAAAGAUUGGAAACAAAACACAAGUUAUUGGAAACGUUGAGGAUUAUUUUUAUAUAGUGGUCCAAAACCAGAAGAAAGGACACUAUGUUUAUUCCAUGUGCAUGGUAAACUAUAACAAAUUUAAAACAGAUAGGAUUACGAACAAUCGCAUGUGUACACAUUAA